CGCGACUUCCGGGGUGGCUUCGGUCCGCAGCGGAAGUAGGUCGGGAGGGCGUGGUGGUCGGGGCGGGGCCCGCGGCCGUGUCCCUCUGCCGCCGGCUACGAGGCGGGCCCGGUGUCGCAUCGGAACUGCUGCGGGCGCGGAGGCUGGUUGGUGACAGGUGGCGGCAGAUCUCGGGGUUGGCAGGGGGCUGUGAAUCCCCGCUGCCUCCCGGCACUGGAGGCGCCUCUUGUUCAGUGCACGACCCCAGCGACCUGCCUGUGCAGCUUCCCACAGAGACAGGGCCGCUGUGCGCCGCGGCGGGGCCACCAUGUCCAGCCCCUUCCUGAAGCAAGUGUUCAACAAGGACAAGACAUUCCGGCCCAAGCGCAAGUUCGAGCCGGGCACGCAGCGCUUCGAGCUGCACAAGAAGGCUCAGGCGUCGCUGAACGCGGGGCUGGACCUCAAGCUGGCCGUGCAGCUGCCCCCCGGUGAGGACCUUCACGACUGGGUGGCCGUGCACGUGGUGGACUUCUUCAACCGCGUCAACCUCAUCUACGGCACCAUCAGCGACGGCUGCACGGAGCAGUCGUGUCCCAUCAUGUCGGGGGGCCCCAAGUACGAGUACCGCUGGCAGGACGAGCAGCGCUUCCGCCGGCCCACGGCGCUCUCCGCGCCGCGCUACAUGGACCUGCUCAUGGACUGGAUCGAGGCGCAGAUCAACAACGAGGACAUCUUCCCCACCAACGUCGGCACGCCGUUCCCAAAGAACUUCCUGGCGGUGGUGAAGAAGAUCCUGUCGCGGUUGUUCCGCGUGUUCGUGCACGUGUACAUCCACCACUUCGACCGCAUCGCGCAGAUGGGCUCCGAGGCGCACGUCAAUACCUGCUACAAGCACUUCUACUACUUUGUCCGCGAGUUUGGCCUCAUCGACACCAAGGAGUUGGAGCCGCUGAAAGAAAUGACAGCAAGAAUGUGCCACUGAGAGCCGCGGCCCGAGGCAGCACCAGGGACAGACGUCUGCAGAUUGGGAUUGCCGGGGCGCUCCUUGUACCCCUCCACAGCCCGAGUCUGCGCGUUCAGCGGAACUGUUGAACUUUAAGCCUCAGCCUCCGCCGGGAAAGCCACUGUUUGCAAACCACUUCAUCGCCAGGAGCUGCACCUGCAGCCCCCCAGCCCCCCACGAGAGGUGCCGCAGGAACUUGAAUGUGUCUGACCCCUUGCCUCUCUGCCCCGCCUCCGGGACCCACCCUCAGAUCCUGGAGUCCAGGAUAUGGUGAAAGACGGAUUUCCUGCUCCAGUCCGCACCUCCUCACCCCACCAACCCCCCCAGAUUGCAGGACCAGCAGCUUUUUCCCACAGAGUUGAGGGAAGCUCAGGAACCUGCCAUGGGGCACCGCGCUGGACCACUUGCCUCGCCUCAUGGGGUCCUGGGGCUCCACCCGGGAACCUCGACGUCAGAAUGCCAGCGAGAUAGAUGGUUGAGGGGUCAGGGCGGCCAGCCCCAGUUCUAGCCACGGUACCUACAGACCCCCGACACUGCCAAAGGUCCCCCAGCCCUGCAGGGUGUGACCCCUCCCCCCAGAGACUGCCCCGCAUCCUCCUACCUGCACAGUGAAACUGCUGGGUUGGCUGAGAAUAGGGGCCGGGCCGGGGUCGCCUGGCGCUGCUUGGGGGCUCCCGCUGCCUGCCUCAGAAUGAGCCCCGGCCCUGGCACUGAUCCUCCUUCCCACGCCCCCUAUUCCUCUCCCCCAUACCCAGCACACAGAGCCGCACCUGCCACUGCGGCUGGACCCUCCCGCCUGAAUUCUCACCGCCCCACACAAGGUCUUGCUUGUGUGACACCUUUAUCGAGAUCCUAGCACUGUGCCACGACCGCCUGGGGGGCGGGGCCGGCGCCACCGCACCGCGCAGCUAUUGGCGCUUGGGUCUGCCCACGCCCCCAUCUUGGCCACGCCUCCUUCCCUAGCAUGGGUGGCCGCCCUCGCGCGCUCGGCCCCUCAAUGUGCGGGGACGCACCAAGAACAGGGUGCCCCACCCCCCACCCCGCUCAGAACAAGUGCAAUUAAUGUGGCCUGGGUCCUUCCAGAAAGCGCAGGCCCCGCCUGGGCCCCGCGGGCCGGACUCCCCCAACUUCAGGGAACCGACUGGUCCCUUGUAGUUCCUUUCCAGUGCCCAGCCAUGACCACUGUGUCCUCCGGCCGCCAUGGGGCGCCGUUCUUCCUCGAGUCCCACCAGCAAGGGGGAGAAAUUGGGACAGGGAGGUCCCCGCGACCCUGCGUGUUUCCCAGGGCGAACAUUGGAAUAAACUGCCAUUUCUCUGCCUA